AUGAAAGAGCAUGGAACCCCCACAAGCAGACCUCAGCCAGCAGCUUCUAGAGAGAGUUUUGCACAAGUAAUGGAACUUGGCAGGACUAAUGGAAAUCGUGACAAUUGCAGUGAGUUUGAUGCAAUCAUGUGUAGCAAGCGGUCCAGAAAAGCAAGAGCACUGCUGCUGUUACCCAUCAAUUCUUUCUCCGCUGCGGUGGAUUGGCAUCCAGCUGUUGCUUCAUGGUACGGUAGCCCUGAAGGCGAUGGCAGUGAUGGUGGUGCAUGCGGGUACGGACCGAUGGUUGAUGCGGUACCAUUGAGGGGCAGAGUUGCUGCAGUGAGUCCGAUUCUGUUCAAAGGUGGCGAAGGUUGUGGUGAAUGUUACAACGUCAUGUGCAUGGACAAGUCCAUCUGUUCUCCGAGAGGCGUUACUGUUAUCGUCACCGAUGAGUGUCCUGGCUGCCCUGCGCGCACUCAGUUCGAUCUAAGUGGUGCUGCAUUCGGCAGCCUGGCUAAUCCUGGUGAACGCGACCAGCUACGUAAUCGCGGCACUAUCCCAGUCUUGUUUAGACGGACAUCGUGUGUGUCCCCGGGGAAAAAUGUUGCAUUUCGGGUGAAUGAAGGGUCAACAGCUUACUGGCUUUCUCUAUUAGUCGAAUUCGAGGAUGGAGAUGGUGAUAUCGGAUCUAUGCAUAUCAAACAGGCAGGUUCAAGUGAGUGGUUAGAGAUGAGUCAUUCAUGGGGAGCGAAUUGGAUCAUGAACGGAGGACCAUUAAGGGGACCAUUUUCAGUGCAGUUAACCUCACUCUCAAAUGCAAAAACUCUCAUAGCAAUGGAUGUAAUUCCUCAAGAUUGGAAGCCGCUGGCUACUUAUGUCUCCCGUCAGAGUUAUUACUUCUGACAAGGCAGAUGUGGGCUUUUUUGUA